AUGGCGGCUGGAGGAAGCGAGCUGAGUCAAAUGUCUUGUGAAGAUUUUGGAGAAUUUAAGGUAAUUAAAGUGCUCUUACUUUGUCUAGGCAUAAAUGAAGCUGUUAGACUUCGAAACAUUUCGUAUGAUUUGGGAACACUGCCAUAAAUUAUAGCGAUUAAUUGAAGGGUCAUCAAUAUAGGGGAAUUUUUAAAAGCUACAAUGGUCGUCAAAUUUCGUUGAUACGCUAGACAAAAGCUGAGGAUUUUUUUGUUACACCUUAUUAACCGACUUAUACAAUUUCUCUGUGUAUGCUCCUUCUUUCCUUCAGUGUUGAGAUUCACGCAAUGUACUGGGUAAUGCGCUAAUCAACAUUGUAGAAGCUGGCUAAUAUGAAUGAAAAUGACGACUGUUGUAGCCAGUAAUUGUCACGGAAACAGAAAAUGCGCCUUGGCACUGACAGGCUGUUCUCCUGUCCUUUUGACCUUUUCUUCUUACCCCUAUAGAAUUAAAUAAAAUUAUAUUCACCUGAAGACCCCUCAAAAAUGUAGGUUCUAGCCCCCAAAAUUUUACUUUUUUUGACCCGAAAAAGUUUCAUCAAUCCUUGACUCAGCAGGUUUGCAAAUUACAUGCAACAGCCACGUGUGACUUUCACCAGUGCACAUAGCUGCAAUAGGUGCACAAGUGUAUAAGGAACUACUGUGGUAACCAUGUUUAUAUAAACUUAAGAAUUUCUUCUAAAAAGGUACUGAUUAAACAAUACCUUACCACAUAAAUACUUAAGACAUCUACUGAUUAUGAAUUCUGGGAGAGGUUUAUUCAUGGAUCCAUUUAAAAAGCAAUGGGUUGAACUAGAAAAUUCAGAAAUUGUUGGGGGAGAAGUUUAAGGAUAGCAGCAGUCAUAGAAAGUAUUUGUUCUUUAAAGAAUUCUUUGAGCAUUUGUGUCAAGAAAUUAAAGCUCUGGAAGACAGAAUUCUACAGAAGUUAAACAAUAUUUCUGACAAAAAGAGUGGAGCACUGCCCCUCAGCCUCUUUUUCAAUCUGCCCAUGAAAAUAUGAUCACAAUUCAUGGAGUCAAUUUUUUUUUCACUUUUAAAGAUGUUACAGGUGAUUACACGUAUUUAAAAGCUACCACUACAUCUGCUCCAAAACUUAAUACAGCUUUGCUAUUCUCUGAAUUUAUGUCUUUGUUAUUUGCUUGCAGGAAGCUUUAAAGGUUCUUCGCCUUCUUGAUGACAAAAUAAUCUAUGAAUUAAAUAAAAGUGUUCCCACUGCCUCUUUUGCUGGGGAAAUCAGUGCAAAGGAGAAAUGCAAUGAACUAUACAAUGAGGUAUACAGUAAUAUGACGUACAUAAUGUAUAAGCUAUAAUUGAAGAAAAAAGGAUCACGUAAUAGUUUUGGAUUAAAAAAUUUAUUGGAGAGAGGAAUCAGAAAAAAUUUAACCCUUGUAAAGCUUUAAAUUGCAUCUUACAUUUUUGGCAAAAAAUAGUGAAACCCUUGUUAUUUCAAAAGACUCAAGUUUCCCUAAGAUGACUUCAGGAACAGAUACUAACCUUUUAGAGCUGUUUAGAACAGAUUUCUACAGGUGUACCGUAAAAGUACUCUGGAUAGCCUAAAAAGUGUCUUCAAUGUAUUUCGGAAGAGUCUGUAGUUGGUUGCUUCUGAGUGGUGUUUUGGUUAUAUUACAGCUGCUGACUGCUUAUCAAACAAGAGAUCAAGCAAUAAAGAAGUGCAUAAAUACAGUCAAUGAAAAUGUCCAGCAGCUUAGGAAAAGAAAAGAAAAUAAUCAAGACGACAUACAAGCAAUGAAAGACCUUGGGAAAGAACAAACAAAGGUAAAACUCUCACCAUUUCUAUGAACAUAUUUUCUCCAAUAAAUUCCCACAAAUUCCUUCAAACAAGCAAGGAACCUUAUGAAAGCAGCCUCCUUCUGUCCCCUCACUUUUUAAGAGUAAACUGAAGACAUCAUUGAAAGCCUCUUUGCUGCUUUUUAUUGUUUGACUUCCCUGAUUUGAACACAACCGAACAUUUUCUUUUCCAUUAAGUUUGAGUUAUCCCCAUAUCUAUGUACGUGCAGAGCCCUUUUAUGUUUAAGAUAUUUUCUUUUUAUUUUUGCAUAAAUAUUUCAGUCCUUUUAAGUGUAUAUGACACAAAUUUAAGAAUUUAAAAAUUCUUAAAUUAUAUGGGUAAAGUAUGUAACCAAAAUUCAAACUCAUCAAAAAUCUUUCAAAACCUUUUCUUUUUCGUCUUCAAAACAUACAAAUUUCCCUCCAAAAAUGUCCUCCCUAAAGCAUUGCCAAAUUGACAAGUGUGAUGUUAAUUGAUUACUGUAAGAAUGGGGUGCCCAGGAUUUCAAGUGACAGGGAUGAUCAAAGAAUUUUUUUUGGUUUGAAUUUUUGAUGCCAGGAUUUUUUGGGAAGAAAUAUUUGGCAAGUAUUUUUUGAGUAUUCAAAACAAUCUGAAGAUUUGUGUUAGUGCCUGGGUAUGCCAGCCUUGUAGUUCGGCUAAUAAAGUACAACCAAACUUGUUUGGUUUUUGGAAAUUUUUAAGGCUAGGAAAUUUGGCAUGGUUUUUUUUUUGUGGGGUGGCUAAUUUUUGGUCCAUGGAUCUAUUUUGGUUUUGAUUUUUGCCCCCAUUCAAUCUUCCCCAUCACUCGAAAUCUGUCCUGUAUUCCUCUGGGAGAAUAAUAAAAUUAUUGGAUCAAUUGAGGUUUCUAGGUGACUGACCACCUGUCCUCCCCAAAGUCACAAUUUUGCCCUAAGUGAGGGAGAGGUACAGUCGAAACUCUUUAACAAGGACACCAAAGGGACAGAGCGAUGUGUCCGUAUUAGAGAGGUGUCCUUAUAAAAGAGGUCAAUACGAUGACGUCACUUUUAUGACUCCACUUACAGUGUUAAGUGUUCAGUAGCUAAAACCAGGCUUACAGUUGUCUUUAAACUGCAUUUAAGUUUAUUAAUUCACAGCACAAAGACUCUGUCUUUCAGUAGCAUACAACUUUGUACAUAUCGAGACGAGCUACAGUGAAUGCUGCCUGUAGAAAGUUGUAAUGUCAAGCACAACUCUGGAAGCAUCUUACGCUAUUUUGCAAGUGCACUAAACCGUAACAAGGGUAGAAAAUGUAAUAGAAAAGAUCUUUAUGCUAUCUGUAGUUAUUGAAGCCUGAAAAAAGUUGGUUAUGUUUCUCUGCACACCUUUUGCAAAUUGUUUUUUUAUAAAGCUGUUGCGAGAAAGGUUGUCGGAAAAAGUGCACGCGACAAUCCCGAAAGGUAUUGUGGGUGGUUUUGUCUGCCCUGUUCUCCAAAGAAAUUUGAAAGAAUGGCACGAGAGGCCAUGGACAUAUGUUCGCAAGUGCUAGUGGAAAGCAACAAAAGUAGGUUCGACAACUGCAGUCGUUAGGAACAGUGUAUUGAUCAUAUCCCAUAUUACCUUUCGGAGUUGUCGCGUGCACAUUUUUUCCGACAACCUUUCUCGAAAUAGCUGUAUACAGCGACGGGCUUUUGCAGUCACCUUGCAUAGCUCAUCAGCCAGACGGGGUUUACCCCGGGGGUAGAUUCACCUGAUAAGGAUUCAGAAUUCACCUGAUCACCACAGUGCCCGUAAUAAAGAGGUCAAGUUCUUAUGAAUUUACUCUCUAGGGCCAAGAUUUAGUGUCCGUUGUCUGUAUUACAGAGGGUCUGUAUUAUGGAGGUUUUUUUAAAGAAAGUAUAUGAGAAUUUUGUUGGGACAUAUGAAACUGCCUGUAAUAUAGAGGUGUCCAUAUUAGAGAGGUGUCCGUACCCAGAGGUUCGACUGUACAUGUAAGUGCUAUUGUUGACUUAGAUGUAGGGAAGGAGUAGGUGAUCCGAAUAAUUAACAAGAUGGUGGAAAAUCCGAGACAGAUCAGAAGAGACCAUACAAUGUAGAUGGGUGGGUUGAGAUAAGUAGAGGAGGGUGGGCAAACAAAGUAAGGGGUGCACCAAAGAAAUGGGAUGGGAGAGGCAAACAGGGUGAGGAACACCAAAGAUAUGGGAGGGGAAGGGCAAACAGAGUAAGGGGCACCAAAGAUAUGGGAUGGGAGAGGCAAACAGGGUGAGGAACACCAAAGACAUGGGAGGGGAGGGGCAAACAGGGUGAGAAAACCAAAGACAUGGCAGGGGAGGGGUAAACAGGGUGAGGGACACCAAAUACAUGGAAGGGGAGGGGCAAACAGGGUGAGGGGCACCAAAGACAUGGGAGGGGAGGGGCAAACAGGGUGAGGAACACAGUUGAGAUGACCAGGAAGGGUGGAGUGGUCCAGUCUUGUGUGGAGUUUUGCUUGCAGACAUGAAUACACAGAAAUAUUAUACAACCGUUUUCUCUUUCUCUAUUCUUUUACAGCUUCGCUUAAUGCGGUCAGAGCUUAGUGUAGAAGAGGUUAUAAAACAACGUACUCUAAAGGUAAAGUUCUAAUAGUAGUAUUAGAGGCAAAAUAAUAAUAUCAUGUCAUAGGGAAAGAGCUUUUGAUGAACAAGAUAGCUGGCUUGUGUUUGGCAGCAGUUAUGUUCAAGAGAGCUGUUAGUGUGGGAAGUACUGCAUACUAGUCUUGUUCUUCCAUACUUCUGUAGGGGAGCUUGGUGAAAAUUUGUCAGUUAUCUCAUCAAUUGUUCUUUAAUUUGCAGGUUUUCAAUGAGAGAUGCUGGAAGUCAUUCAAACCACCACAAUAA